GAAAAAUGUGUUUGCACGCCGCGCACAAAGCCCCAGAAUCGACUACAGUUUUAAACUCAGCUUCGAACGCUGCGCCUCCCAGUCGCUCAGAAGGGUUUCUCUGGAUCAAUCUCCCCCAUUUCUUCUCCGUUCGUCCCCAGGAUGAGCAGUCGUAAUCCGGAGGUUCUAUGGGCUCAGCGUUCGGAUAAGGUUUAUCUGACGGUUGCUUUACCUGAUGCCAAAGAUAUUUCUGUGAAGUGUGAACCUCAUGGGUUAUUUAGUUUCUCUGCGAAGGGGUUGCAAGGCGCAUCUUUUGACUUCACGUUGGAACUCUUUGGGUCCAUAGUGCCUGAGGGCUGUAAAACUAAGGUUGGCUUGAGGAACAUAAUUUGCUCCGUACAAAAAGAACAGAAAGGUUGGUGGAAAAGACUCUUGAAGACAGAAGCAAAGCCUGCUCCGUACUUGAAGGUUGAUUGGAACAAAUGGUGUGAUGAGGAUGAGUCAGACUCUACUUCGGCUUCUGACGACGACCUUGAAUACAUGAGCCAAGAUGAUGGAAGCGGCGAGGACGGAGGACUGCUCUAUCUCCCCGACCUGGAAAAGGCAAGAGGAAACUAGUAAUAGGGGCUGUAAAUAGCCAACUACCUGAAGGUGAAGUUUGUAUAGAAAUAUGCUAGAAGAGAACCAUUUAGAAGAUUGACUAGCGAAAGUUGAUACUGUGUUUAUUUCAUGACUGAGGUUUGUAUCAAGUCUGACUGGUGCUCAUAUAGUUAUCUUAAAUUGGCAUUUAUGAGUUGCAUUUCAAAA